GAAUGUUUUGUUGUGUAUUUUUUAGUUGAUUACUAUCGGCAUUUUCUGCAAAAAUUGGCACGGACAAAAUGAGUGAAACCGACGGGAUCCACAUAGAAUACGCCAAUGAGCAAGAAUUGAUUCGAGAGUUUCGACGGUUUAUGAGUGAUCCUGAAACCAGAGAAAAGGCUGCCAAUUAUCUUUACGAAUCACUGGUGGACGAAACCAUCCUUGGGAUCGCGUACGAGGUGCACCAUGCCUUCAAGACCGGCUCCGGUGCGGCAGUGGAAGGUGAACCCGAGGACAGUAAACCGUACACAAUCGUCGAUCAACCCGACAUGGACGUGUUCGGGUCUUCCAACACUAAAAAAGCUAUAGACUGCCACUGUCCGAACUGCAAUCGUAUCGUAGCCGCGUCCAGAUUUGCACCCCAUCUGGAAAAGUGCAUGGGUAUGGGCAGAAAUUCAUCACGCAUUGCCAGUAGACGUAUCGCGAAUACGCGUGACGUAGGAACCGGAAAUUAUUUCGGCGGUGAUGAGGAUGACGAAGACGACGCGGACUGGUCCGGUGAGAAGAGGAAAAAGAAGAUCUCACAAGUGCGUACUAAUGGGAGCAAGAAAAAUGGCAAAACCUCAUGAAAGUAGGUGCGCGUAUGGGGUUGAUAAAUGGUAGUGCUUCUGAGCAAUCUGCUGCGUGUAACCACAUACAUGCGCGAUGCUGGUGGACGGAAUGGA